AUCAAAACGAGAGUAAACGACAAAGUUCAAAACCUUGGAAAUCGAUCUGUUUUCAGUGGUGCCUAAAUCACAGAAUUCCUCGUAUGCACAGAAAUAACUAAAUUGAGGAACAUUUCUUUGGCUGCCAUGAAGCUGCUACACAUCGGCUGUGGUCCUAAAUUCUCAAAAAGAAACGAAAAGACGUCUAUGCCGGCCUCUAUAAACUUCAGUAGCAUUAAUUCAUGGAGGGGGAAGGUAGAAUUCGACUCACUUCCCUGCGAAUUACUGAGCUCCUCAGCGGCCCUAAUUUUCGUUCUGUACGAUUACUGUACAAACCUUCCAACCGUAAAAUCCACAUCAACCAAGUCUACAUUUCUUUUGAUGGAUCAAACAGCUGCUAAUGAGAAGAUUCUUCCGAAGUACCCACAGUGACAGACCCAAACCACUUGCAAACUUCACGCAUGACAUAUCUCAUCAAUCGAGCCAGGGGCUGUAGAUUGGUGAUAUAAAUUGGGCCAGACACAAAGUUAGCCAAGUAGAACUUUGAACAAGUCCGGGUUUACAACCGUGGGUGUCACCCCUGUUGCAUCCUUUCGCAAUGAACCUUGAGCUGAGGGUCCCUUUUUGCCUAGGGAAGGACCACCAGGUUGUAUAUUAGGAACAACUACACCUGUUAAUCCUAUCAGUGGACUGACAGGCAAUCCAGACAUAUCAGUUAAACCUGAUGGUUGGCUCCCUCCAUCACUGGAGGAAAUUACUUGGCCAGGUCCAUACAAGGACAUCAGAUCUACAUCGGCUUUGACAAGAGGUGCUGACGUAGCUGAAGUGUAGCCGACUUGUGGAUCUACAAGUCCUUCGAGGAGCUUGAAGGGGUCGUUCUAAGGAGCAGCGUGUCCCGGUUCACCAUCAGUCAAAUCAAGGAGGUCUGGAGGAGGUGCUUGUGGAACUGGUGCGGAACUCGGUACUGACGUAUCGCUGUCAGCGAUCCUCCCAGAACCAGGUCUGCAGAAACGGCAGCAGACGUGUUUUGGUGGCGAGAUUGGUGCUGCGGUGAGCUUUUAAUUAGUGAAUAGUCAGUCUGUCAUCUUAGCUAUCUGUCAUCGGAGUCUGUAAUCUUCGAUCACCACUGCCAUCUCCGUCUCGGUUCUGAACACGAUCAUCAAUUACUACUUAGCAUCGGCGUCUGUCCGCAACUCGAGGAAUAUUGCCGAAGAUUUGCGUUGGAUGGUGAACUCACUCAACCAGGUUUUAGCCCGUGACCCUUACUAGAAAUCUAAUCAACAAUUGGUUCACCCAAAUCCUCAUUUCAUCAUUUACAAACACUUGGGCGAAGACUUUGCAUUCGAUGCGGACCGUCCACAUUUUGCCUGCUCCGGGUUACAGGCAAUCUGCAACUGAUGCUGCGCGUUUUUUGCCGGACGCUGACAAACCUCUCAGUGAAGGUUUCUUCAAACCUCUCUAUGAUACGCUAGUUCCAUAACCAAGGAUAUUUCUAGGCAAUUCGAUUAUUCUUAAGCUUGAUUAUUUCCGUAGUACUAUGUUCUCAAACUAAAGUGUAUCCCCAGAAUUAUAAGCAUCCGAUACAAUGCUCUCGUAAAAAGCUCUAGCGCUAGAGUACGAUGUUAGUGAAAGAGAUGUAAAAAAAAGGUGUGGAACCGGCGGAAGCAAAUCUAAAUUAAAUUCUAAAUAGCACGGAGAUUAAGACACAAACCUGCUGGUUGUGCAUACAAAAGUCCAACUCAUCUACUAUUCUCCAAGUUACAUUAAAGAAGUUUUGACAAUCCAUGUCAUCAAA